ACUGAAUUUUGCGUCGGCGCAGAAAGUUGACUUUGUCUGCUUUUUUUUCUCAGCAUAAGUUUUUUCAGCUUUCAGUAAAAUUGAAACGAAAAUAUGUUAAAGUCGGAAGUACAACACCAAUACUGGAUAACCAAAAAGGUGGUGCAACGCAAGCUGGGCAGCAAGGAGGACAAGCACAUCAUAUCCUCCGAUGCGGACCUGGAUGCCAAAAUCGAGGUGUUCAAAUCGAUAAGCGACACCAGCUCGGAGCUAUGUAAAAUCAUUGACCAGUACCAGGAGCGUCUCUGCAUAUUGUCGCAGGAGGAGUGCGUGUUCGGGCGCUUCCUCAAGGAGGCGGGCAAGCGCAGUAAAACCACUGGUGGCAGCAUCACCAACACAGGCAAAGCCAUGUCCUUUGCAGGACAACAGCGUAUGUGCGUCCGUGUGCCGUUAUUGCGACUGCAGCACGAGGUGGAUGUGUAUCGCUGUCGCGCUGUCAAGGACACGGAACUCACAUUGCAAACGAUGGAAAAGGAACGCACCGAAUAUCGUGCUGCAUUGUCCUGGAUGAAGCAUACGGCCAGCCAGGACAUGGAUCCGGACACGGGCAAGGGACUCGACAAAUUUCGCACCGCUCAGGCUCAUGUGCGUGCCGCCAAGCAUAAUUUUGAUGGCUACUCCAUGGACUCCAUACAAAAGAUUGAUCUGCUGGCCGCCGCACGUUGCAACAUGUAUUCCCAUGCUCUGGUCGCCUACCUGGCGGAGCUGAAGACCUUUGCCCAGAAAGCCGCCUCCACAUUCCAGACCAUUUCCAAUGCCCUUGUGGUCAAGCCCAAGUACGACUUCUGUGUGCUCAAGGAACUGUCCCAGAACGAAGGCGCCGCCGACGACGAAGACCCAAAGGACGUGGCGCCCAUUGAAGCAGUCGAUAAAGAUCAAUCCCUGUUCUUUGCGGAUGAGUAUCAGGAUAAACCCGAGUCCAAAUCGCAGCCGCCCACUGAAACUACGCCCAUGUCACCCGCGUCUCCUGCCUGUGGUGACAACGAGUCCUUGCUCAUUGAGCUGUCCAAGCAGCUGGAGGAGAGUCCGCUCAUUGAGGCGCCGCUGACGGAUGCCCCAUUGCUGGACACCGCUAGCAGCAACAACAACAACAACAAGUUCUGGGCACGCAUGUUUACCCAACAACAACAACAACAAACGCCGAUGCCAAGCAGCAUGACGCCCACUGCUGCCGCUCCAGCAUCGGCUCCUGCUCCAGCCAAAGCGAGCAGCAAUAAUCCCUGGCUAGAGUUAUUCGCAGACCUUGAUCCUCUCGCCAAUCCUCAAGCGUUUGACUUGAAAUUGAGCGGAGGACGUCGCGUUGCAGAGCAAACAUAAAAUUGGACAUUUGUCGUGGUCAGACUCGAGGUUUCCAGUGUGAAUCAUCUACAAGAACAACUAAAACUAGAGCUGUAUUAAUAGUUUAAUUUUUCCAGUCACACUAUUAAAAGAAAGUCUUAGCUUUUCGCAUUGAUCUUAACUAUUAUGAUUUUUAAAAUAUUAAUUAUUCUUUUUAUU